AUGUGCAUUUCAUGCUUUUGUUUUUUUGCUAGUGGCUUGUUACUUGCUGUUUAUAUUUUAGACUAUGGAAAUAAUACUAAGACAAAAAGCAAUUUGAGUGAUUUUCUUAAGUUUAAAAUGGGUUGUAAAGCAACAGAGACAACUCACAACAGCACAUUUGGCCCAGGAACUCCUAAUGAACGUACAGCACAUGGUGGUUUAAGAAGUUUUGCAAAGGAGGAGAGAGCCUUGAAGAUGAGGAGCGCAGUGGCCAGCCAUCAGAAGUUGACAACGACCAACAGAGAGCCAUCGUUGAAACUGAUCCACUUACAAGAGAAAUUGCCAAGGAACUCCACGUCGACCAUCCUAUGGUCGUUCAGCAUUUGA